CGCAUGCGUAAAGGGGUCCUCCGCGCUGCGACUAAGCUCAUAAAAGGGAAAAAGGCUGUGUGGGUCUUGUCCUGCCGCGAAUCUUCGAACGUAAAGGGCGUUGUCAUCUGCAGACUCUGAAGAGCAUUCGAGGGACCGCGCGCUUGCUCCCGCCGUCGCAGUUUCCAACGCGACGUGCUUGUUCCACCCGUGGCUCUGUAGGCGCCCCUGUAUACCAUGGCCCUCGUGUCUGCUGAUUCCCGAAUUGCGGAACUGCUCACAGAGCUCCAUCAGCUGAUCAAGCAAACCCAGGAAGAGCGUUCGAGGAGUGAACACAACUUGGUGAACAUCCAGAAGACCCACGAGCGGAUGCAGACGGAGAACAAGAUCUCUCCCUAUUACCGGACAAAGCUGCGUGGCCUCUAUACAACUGCCAAAGCCGAUGCAGAGGCUGAGUGCAACAUCCUUCGGAAAGCCCUAGAUAAGAUUGCAGAAAUCAAGUCUCUAUUGGAAGAGAGGCGGAUUGCGGCCAAGAUCGCGGGCCUGUAUAAUGACUCGGAGCCUCCUCGGAAGACCAUGCGCAGGGGGGUGCUCAUGACCCUGCUGCAGCAGUCAGCCAUGACCCUGCCCCUGUGGAUCGGGAAGCCUGGUGACAAACCCCCGCCCCUCUGCGGGGCCAUUCCGGCUUCUGGGGACUACGUGGCCAAACCUGGAGACAAGGUGGCCGCCCGGGUGAAGGCCGUGGACGGGGAUGAGCAGUGGAUCCUGGCCGAGGUGGUCAGUUACAGCCACGCCACCAACAAGUACGAGGUAGAUGACAUUGACGAAGAAGGCAAAGAGAGACACACCCUGAGCCGCCGGCGGAUCAUCCCACUGCCCCAGUGGAAGGCCAACCCGGAGACGGACCCCGAAGCUUUAUUCCAGAAGGAGCAGCUUGUGCUGGCCCUGUAUCCCCAGACCACCUGCUUCUACCGCGCCCUGAUCCACACGCCCCCACAACGGGAUCCUCGCUGUUGCCCUCUAGGUUGUCCUUGAUCCCUUUUACCCAGGCUCCCUGGUACCACACACUCCAGUUACAGCCCACUUAGGUAGGUGGUGGUCUCCUUGAUCUUCAUCCCUUACCCUUGGCCCUUUGUUGCUGAGGAAGGAGCUCUGUAGUAACAGGGACUGCGUUCACACAUCUCCACUUCUUGAGUGAAUAUGAGGACAGGAGCUUCUGGGGGCCACGAGCCAGAGGUUCCUGUCACUCAAAGCUUAGUGGUGUGGGGCGGGGGUUUCG